GACUAGUACAGAAAUUUUCUUUCGUUAUGAGAAAUGUUUAAGUGGAUAUCACGAUUGUCCGUGUGCGCGUUCACGACGAAAAAUGCGGAAUUUUCACGGCCACCGCAUCUAGUAACGCGUGCGCAUUUAGUAUAUCCGCGUAUCGAAAAAUUAUAGCCAUCACCUAAUAGUUUCGGCCUAAUCGCACCAGUUUCCCGUUGAUUUUCCCGGUGAAGUUCUACUGCUUUCACAUCCUAAGGAGUUGCACAAUAUUCGACAUCGAGAUGGCUGAUGAUACGAGUGUACGCGUUGCCGUACGAAUAAGGCCUCAAGUAGCACGUGAAGUAAUUGAUAUGUGUAGAGUUUGCACACAAGUACCUCUAGGAGAACCCCAGGUCUUUCUUGGACCAGACAAGGCCUUUACAUAUGACUACGUUUUUGAUACUGCUAUUGGACAAAGCACAAUUUAUGAUACUUGUGUUGCACACUUAGUGGAAGGUGCAUUAAAUGGAUAUAAUGCAACUGUUCUUGCAUAUGGUCAAACUGGCUCUGGUAAAACAUAUACCAUGGGUACUGGGUUUGGUGUAGAAGUUGAUGAAACUGUAGUUGGAAUUAUUCCAAGAGCUAUCAGACACCUAUUCAAUGGGAUUGCAGACAAACAAGAACAUGCUAGGGAACGUGCACAAAUGCCUCCAGAAUUUAAGGUUACUGCACAAUUUUUGGAAUUGUAUAAUGAAGACUUAAAAGAUUUAUUAGAGCCUGGUGGACCCAGAGGUGGUGCCCGUAUUCAUGAAGAUUCCUCAGGAAACAUCCACUUAGCAGGAGUGGAACCUCAAAUUGUUACUAGUCCAGAGGAAGCAUUAGAAUAUUUAAGAUUAGGAGCAUUAUCACGUACAACUGGAUCUACCCAAAUGAAUACCCAGUCAUCUAGAUCACAUGCAAUAUUUACAUUGUAUAUAAAGCAGCAGAGAUGUACAAGAGUUGAAGAUCCAGAUGCUGAUGUUGAUACAAGUGGCACUGAACCUGCCAGUGAAUUUGAAACUUUAACUGCAAAAUUUCAUUUUGUAGAUUUAGCUGGAUCAGAAAGACUAAAAAGAACAGGUGCUACAGGGGAUAGAGCAAAAGAGGGGAUAUCUAUAAAUUGUGGAUUGUUGGCUUUAGGUAAUGUGAUUUCUGCACUUGGUGACAAAGCAAAGAAAGCUUUACAUGUUCCAUACAGAGACUCAAAGUUGACUAGGCUACUUCAAGAUUCAUUAGGAGGUAAUAGUCAAACUGUUAUGAUAGCCUGUGUAUCACCAAGUGAUAGAGAUUUUAUGGAAACUUUAAGUACUCUGAAGUAUGCAAACAGGGCAAGAAAUAUAAAGAACAAAGUCACAAUUAAUCAGGAUAAGAGUUCAAGAACAAUUGCUUCUCUUAGAAGAGAAAUACAGCAGCUUCAACUAGAAUUAAUGGAGUAUAAGCAAGGCAAGAGAGUUGUUGGUGAAGAUGGUGUAAAUGAUGCUUGGCAUGAAAACCAGAUGUUAAACAGUGAAUUACAAAGUCUUCGUACACGAGUAAAAGCUCUUUCAGAAACGGUUGAAGCAUUAACUGCAAAAAAUGUUCGUCUACAGGCAGAAAAAGUUGCUGGUCUGUGGAUAUCGUCAGCUGGUGGGAAUCCUGAAGUAACAAGUUUAAUACAAGGAUACAUUCAAGAGAUAGAAGAGCUAAGAGCUCGUCUUUUGGAAGCAGAGGCUAUGUACCAACAGAUAAAGAAACGACAAAUACAGGUUAAUGCGGCUAAUCCCUAUGGUGAUUCUGGGUAUAUAUUCCAUAGCGAUUCUACGUCAGUAUUAAGUGAUGCUAAGAAAGAGGUACAAAAAGAAAUUGAAACAUUAACUGCAUUAAAAGGGCAGCAGAUACAUACUAUUAAUACUGCCAGUAAAAUGGGAGAUGAAGGAGAAGGUGAUGAUGUAGAAGCUGGUCAAGAUUCUGUAAGCGAAGAUGAUUCAGACGAUGAUUCCGAUAGAAAAGAAGAAGACGAAGAGGAGGCAGCUAUGGGCCGUGAAUUAGAAGCUUUAACGUCAGAUAUUGAUGUAAAACAACGAUUAAUACAAGAGCUCGAACGUUCUCAACGGCAAUUACACACGAUGAAGCAACACUAUGAAGAUAAACUUGCUCAAUUACAAGCUCGCAUUAGAGAUACUCAAGAAGAAAGAGACAAAGUAUUACAGUCCUUACAACAGCAACCAACGCCACCAACAGAAAAAGUAAAAAAAUUACGUGACGAGUAUGAGAAAAAACUUUCCGCUAUGCAAAAAGAAGUGCGUCUUCUGCAAUCUGCAAAGAAGGAACACGCGAGAUUACUCAAGAAUCAAUCUCAGAGUGAAAACAGGUUGAGAGGACUUCGAAAUGAAUUGGCAGAGAUGAAAAGAGCGAAAGUAAAGCUUUUGAAUAAAAUGCGUGAAGAGGCGCAGAAGCACAAAGAAAAUGAACUAAGACGUAAUAGAGAAAUCGCACAAUUGCGUAAGGAGAGUAGAAAGAACGCAAAUACAAUUCGAACGCUUGAAGCAGAUAAGAAAAUGAAAGAAGUUGUGCUUAGACGUAAACAGGAGGAAGUAUCGGCAUUAAGAAAACGAGACAGAGGCCUAAGUCAAAAAGUUGCUGGUAGAGCACCACCUAAACCUAUCAAUCCGAAAGCGUUAAAACAAAGGUGGCAAACAUUUGAAAGAACCAUUGCAAAGCAAGCGUUAGCUAAACAAGCAGCAGCAGAAACGGAGAGGGAAAUGGAGAGACUUCUUCAAGAACGAGACGAAUUAGGUCGAGAACUUGAAAGACUUCAGAAACACAGAAAAGUUAUAGAAAAUUCGAGGGGAGACACGACCGACAUUGAUGAAGAAAUUGAUAACGUGAACAGUAAAAUUAGUUAUUUACAGGAUAGUAUUGCCGAAUGCCAACGUGAUAUGAUGGAAAUGGGAGAUGGAGAAGGUGAAGGCGAACCUGGUGUCGAAGCUCUUAUAUCGACGAUUCACUCAGUAGAUGAAGCUCAAUAUUUAUUACAAAGAAUGUUAGCAUUUACUGUGGAGCAAAGUUGUGUGGCAGCUCAAAAGCAGCAUGAAGUUCGAGAUAUGGAGUCAAGAUUAAAUCAAGUCGCACAAGAAAGUGAUGUACAGCAUCAAUUAUUGGAACAUGUAUUGCGAGACAGAGAUCUUUUGUCUCUUACGAGUAAUCAUCAUAAUACAUUAAAUUAUAGUCCCCCAAGUUCAAGAAGUUCAUCACCCGAUAUUGAAAAUUACAGUCAAGUUAUAAUUGGAGAAGACAGACAGCGUAAUAAUAAAGUACGGCGGAGAACUACGCAACCUCAAGAACUUCUUUAUGGAGUUCAAGCCAACCAAGAAAUUUUGAAAGCAGAAGAACAAAAUCAAAAUCAUAACCACCCACUUACAAGGGUACCUAGUGCACCCGGUAGUUUAAAAGGAUUAGUCUUAACAAGGAGUCAGUAUGGUAACAUAACCGGUGGAUCCCCAACCCUAAGUCGACGUGAUAGUACAUCACCAAGGCCACUGCGACGACCACUUCAUCCUGGUGGAGGCUCCAUGGAACAGGUAACACAUUCAGAUGUGCCGUCACCUCCUGGAUCUCCGACCAUAUACCGACGAUUCAACAGUCGUGAGGAGAACGUUUUCUCAAGGCUAACUGCAAGUAGACAACCUGCAUUGACAGAGCCGCAGCCUAUGAAAGGAAUUAUUUCUCAAUAUGAAGGCAAGGCACAACCACGCGCCGUUUUGCAAUGCGCUCAAGUGGCUGAGGGACACAGUAAAGCAGUUCUAACUAUAUGCGCAACUUCAGAUUUGCUGUUCAGUGGUUCAAAAGAUCGAACCGUGAAAGUAUGGGAUUUAGGCACAGGAAUUGAAAAUCUCACAUUGACUGGUCAUCCCAACAAUGUUGUAGCAGUGAAAUACUCACCGAUAUAUAAUUUAUUAUUCAGCGUUUCUUCGGCCUACGUAAAAGUCUGGGAUUUAAGAGCAGGCAACAAUUGCGUGAAAACUUUAUUUUCAUCUGGUCAGGCUCAAAGUGGGCCAAUCGCGUUGUCUACUCCAUCUAGAAUGCUUCAAGUUCCUUCUGGUGAAACGACUAUCAACGAUUUAGUACUGAGUAUAGAUGAGCAAGAAUUAUAUACUGCAGCUAGCGAUAAAGUCAGAGUAUGGGAUCUUCGAAAGUUAACCCAUAGUGGAAGAUUGAGUACACCACACACGGCAGCAGUAAUGUGCCUGGCUGUGGCAGAUGAUGGUAGAGUGAUAACAGGCAGCAAAGAUCAUUUGAUAUCUCUUGUCGAACCGAACCAGUCCGGACAAUCUGUCAGUCUGUCACCGCCACAUUACGAUGGCGUUCAGUGUUUGACAACCUGCAAUUCGACACUGUUUUCUGGCUCAAGGGACAUGUGCAUUAAACGAUGGGACCUAAGCAGAAUGGAACUAGUUCAAUCUUUAAAUAAUGCUCAUAAAGACUGGAUUUUGGGCUUGUGUAUGAUUAAUAAUGGUUCUGUAAUGAUAUCAGGAUGUCGAGGAGGAGUUUUAAAGGCUUGGUCUGUACCAAAGGAUCAAGGAGAAUGCACUGCGAUAGGCGAAGUUCGAGCACAUGGUUCAGCUAUCAAUGCUGUAAUAACUAAUCAACAACACGUUUUUACCGCGAGCAACUCUGGAGAGGUGAAGCUGUGGCGUAUUCCCGAUUCCUCAUUAUCCAUGUCUAUUUCCACAGUUUCUCUUUAA